AGUGACAUCGACAGUGACGCCAAGGAUGAAUUAAAAGAACUUCUGGAAUAUAUGAUAAAACCGGAUAAUCAGUCGGCUGCUGCCCAAUACUGCAAAGACAACGAAAAUAAAUGGAAUGCAAUGGGCCAUAAAGAGGGCAAAACAAAUAAAGCAGCUUGUUUACUUUUUGCUUCAGGGUUAAAACAUAUUUAUACCCAUGGUAUUGUCCAAAAGAAUGGCCAGGUUAAGGACCAUGUUAAAGGCCCAUCGUUUGAACAAACGAUGGGUUGUUUAUUUCUUAAGGAAUAUGCAAAACAAUUAAAGGAAAUGGCAAAAAAACAAAAAAAAUAUAGGGUACAUCCUAAUUGUAGUGUAGAUUCUGGCAUAGAUCAUGCUUUUGAAAAAAGUAAAGUCAUUAUGCAAGCAUCACCUCAAUGCAAAAAGAAUGUUAAUAACGACUGCUUUGAAUGCGACCUAAAUAAAGGUUAUGAUAAAUGCUCCAUUGGCGAUGACGAUGUAGGAAAUAAAGCUAAAGAUCUGUUCGAAGGCGAAUCGGAACAAAACCAUAUGCAACAAACCUUAGAGAAUACAGUCUGUCCCAUCCUUCUUACGGAUAUCCUUACCCCUUUUCUUCCUUUGGCUCCUGUCUCUAUUGGCCUUUCUGCUAUGGCUUAUUACCUUUGGAAGUAUUUUGGUCCUCUUGGUAAAGGAGGAGCACGUCUCAGAAGAUCUCCUGCUGAAAUUCCUGGUCCAUCAGUACAGGAACAAGUCUACGAUCAUGUGCAACAAGAUAGUUCACAUGAAUAUCAAUUGGUGAAGGAACGAAAACCUCGUUCUGUUCCAACGAGAACAAAACGUUCUGGUCGCGUGAAUCGUCGCACAAUUAUUGAAAUUCAUUUUGAAGUGUUGGACGAAUGUCAAAAAGGCGACACACAAUUGAACCAGAAGGAUUUUCUGGAACUUUUGGUUCAAGAGUUCAUGGGAUCGGAAUUUAUGGAAGAAGAAGAACAGGUUCCUAAGGAAGAGCUUUUUAUGGAAGGGGUUUCUAUGGAAAGUGUUCCUAUUAAAGAGGUUCCAAGUUUAGGUUCCGGGCUUAUGGUUUAG